ACAUUCACCACCAUAUACUCCCAUCAAGUUUCCUCUUGAAUCUCUCCCUUUUCUUCUCCUGCUUCUUCCUUUACCCCACCCCCACGCACCCCACUACCCCAUCAUGUCUUGCUCCGUCGACCAACUCGCCCCCUUCCUCGGCCCCAACACCACCGACGCGGUUUCCGCCGCCACAUACAUCUGUAACCAAUUCACAGGUGUUUCCAACAAGUUCAUCGACACAGGUUACGCCAUCGACUCUACGUAUCUGUUAUUCUCUGCGUACCUUGUUUUCUCCAUGCAACUAGGUUUCGCUAUGCUCUGCGCGGGCUCCGUCCGCGCAAAGAACACGAUGAAUAUAAUGCUUACGAAUGUCCUGGACGCUGCUGCUGGUGGACUUUUUUAUUAUUUAUUCGGUUUCGCUUUUGCAUGGGGUGGUCCUUCUAAUGGUUUUAUUGGUCGUCAUUUUUUCGGGCUUAAGAAUAUGCCUUCAGAAUCAUUUGAUUACAGUAAUUUUCUGUAUCAAUGGGCUUUCGCCAUCGCAGCCGCCGGCAUUACAAGCGGAUCAAUCGCUGAACGAACUCAGUUCGUAGCGUAUUUGAUUUACUCGUCUUUCUUAACCGGGUUUGUUUACCCGGUUGUUUCUCAUUGGUUUUGGUCUCCGGACGGGUGGGCCAGCCCGGGUAACGCUUCGAAUUUGCUAUUCGGGUCGGGUGUGAUUGAUUUUGCCGGGUCGGGUGUGGUUCAUAUGGUAGGUGGUAUAGCUGGGUUUUACGGAGCUUUAAUUGAAGGCCCGAGAAUCGGGCGGUUCGAUCAUACGGGCCGGGCCGUCUCGCUUCGUGGACACAGCGCGUCGCUAGUGGUUCUAGGCACCUUUCUGUUGUGGUUCGGGUGGUACGGGUUUAACCCGGGUUCGUUUAAUAAGAUUCUAUUGACGUAUGACGGCGUAAGCGGAGGGUAUUAUGGUCAAUGGAGUGCUGUGGGCCGUACCGCGGUGACCACGACUCUAGCGGGGUGUACCGCGGCGCUAACAACUCUUUUUGGUAAGAGGAUCUUAUCGGGUCAUUGGAACGUAACGGAUGUGUGCAACGGUUUGCUAGGCGGAUUCGCAGCAAUCACGGCUGGUUGUUCAGUGGUAGAGCCAUGGGCAGCAAUCAUAUGUGGGUUCGUAGCAGCAUUAGUAUUGAUUGGUUGUAACAUGUUAGCAGAGAAAUUUAGAUACGAUGAUCCACUUGAAGCAGCACAAUUACAUGGUGGUUGUGGUGCGUGGGGGAUAAUAUUCACAGCCUUGUUUGCGAAAGGGAGUUAUGUGGAUCAAGUAUACCCGGGUAAACCGGGUCGACCUCACGGGUUGUUUAUGGGUGGUGGUGGAAAGUUACUUGGGGCACAUGUGAUCCAGAUUCUAGUUAUAUUCGGGUGGGUCACAGCUACGAUGGGUCCACUUUUCUAUAUACUUCAUAAAUUCAAGUUGCUCCGGAUAUCUUCGGAUGAUGAAAUGGCGGGUAUGGAUCUGACCCGACAUGGUGGAUUUGCUUAUUAUCAUGAAGAUGAUCCAAAACAAGGAAUGCAAAUGAGGAGAAUUGAACCAACAAUCUCAAGUUAGAACCAAAAAAAAAAAAAAAUCAUCUUUAAAUUUAUUUUAUUUCCAUAUAUGUCCUUUGAAUGUUCUAUUAGUAGUAUUUGUUUUAGAAAAUUAAUAUAAGGAUUUUUGCUGGUAAAGUAAUCAUGAGAUCAUGAGUUAAGUCGUGAAAAUAACUUUUAUCUAUAUACUCCUAGAUUCUCUUAUGAUCUGAUAUCUCAUGAGUUCAAAUUGUAACAAUAGCUUGUGGUUUGAUUUAGGGUGUUUGUGGAAAAAGAAAAAUGGAUUUUCUAGGGGUAAAUGGGUGGUUGUGCUUGAAGAUAAUGUGAAUAUGGACUGUUCUUAUUUAUUAUUAUUAUUAUGUCUAGGGGUGACUAUAAACAUUGUACUCUAUCUUUGUACAUAUUAUGUGUAUUUAAAUUUACCAUUAUUGUGGAACCGUCAA